AUGAGCAGCGAGUCUGAGCUCACCGUCUCUCUUGAGCCGCACCUCGUUGACGUACUGAAACCACUACCACAUCUUCUUCCUGCAUCAAUCUCAUCUAGGCUAUCUCCCUUCCUCUCGGACGAUUCCUUGCCGGCGAGCACAAUCCCAUAUGCUCUGCUCUCAGCCAUCUCUUCGUGGUCUCGCUCGGCAGAAGGGACGCGGGCUCUCCAAGAACACAGUACAUCGUUGAAGCCAAGCGACUACAGCAUGAUAGCCCUUCUUGCAGGCACGCGCACCUCGCCCGACAAGAAAUUUCCUCACAUUCCGGUGCGCUCCCCACUGGAAGAUGCACAAAGAGAGGUGAGCGAUCGGCGAGCUGUGGUCGCCAUCGUGAAUGCACUCCUGAGCAUAGGUGGGUCCGGCGCUGCCACAUGGUGGGCUGCGGGGAGGCUUGCAUGGAAGGACGAAUGGAAAGUGCUCUUCGCACUGCUAGUCGCAACAGUGGUCGCAAUUUCCGAAGCGAUACUAUAUAUGAUUUGGGAUGCACGACGGUCCGGCCGCCCUCUGAUCGUGCGCACAAAGCCUCCUGUGCAACCAGCCAAGAAGACGGAUGGUGACACACCAGUGGCCGAAGAGGGCGGUUUGGAAGUAAAGGCGGUCGCUUCUACCGGGACGUCCACCGCAACACCAACGCUCGAAGACCGCAUUCAGCCACAUCAGCCACACAUACGGGAACGAGGCCUCGCAGUAAAGCUCGACGUUGAAGAGUAAGACCACUCAGGUGUCUACACAAGACGGAUCUGAUCGCGUUAGGAGGCAGAUGUACUUAUUCUACUAGGACGGCAAAGUACAGUCGAGUGGGGUCCAUUAUAGGCUAUUUACGGCCGGCCAUGUCAGUCACUGUACGGUGGACUGCGUAAGGUUCGACAUGACCUUCUGUGCAUGGUUGUGAUCAGACGCAUUGACUAUUGUACUUUGUGGAAUGUAUCACUAAAAGGAACAUUGGGAGACUGCCUAUACUGCAAUAAAUUGAUAAAGGCCAAAA